UUGUGUGAUCUUGAUUAUCAGAUAAUCCAUGAAAAUCUCAGCAUAUAGAGUCACUGUUGGCCUGUAUACUGUUUGCAGGUAUUUUCAAAACUUCAGUUGUUUUUAGUCAGCCAUGAAGUCUGAUGUAUAACACAGCACCAGUUCAGUCUAGUUAGCCUUUGACCUGGAGGAAAACUGCCUCUCAAACUGUCUGAGUGAUGCAGCAUGCUCACGAAUCUCCUGCAGGAACUGGAAUAAUGUUUGUCUCUUCAUUUGUCAGUUACGGCCGUUGCUCUUCAGCCAUGUGGGAAAGUUGUUCCCUCUGCCUCUGAGCUGUUGCUUUUUUUCUGGUUUACUGUCCCUCUGUUUGACUCAUCAGGGCUGCUGGAAGGAAUCAAAAAGAAUUGCUCCCCUUCCUAUCUCUGCCGAGUGACUCUGUCCAACACCCUCCCAUCUCUUCAUCCUCAGUCCUCGCUGGAGCUCAUUAGGACGAGUUCCCAUUUCUAUUCAUCGCUGUCAUAAUGUCUGUUAGCGCUGUUAGACACACUCCAGGUGUACGUCUCCCUCUGUGAUAAAUUGGUGCCUGAAAUCCUGAUGACCCACCCCCGAUGCCAGGCUGACUCUCUGACUGUGCCUGUCACUGCCUAAACGGGCCAGCCCUCAUGUCACCGCCAAACCCACCCUGUGGUUUUGUGGGCCGUGGUUGCUGGUGAGCCUCCAGUCUGGUCAUGUGACUCCUAGUUCUUCCAGUCCUGCCCUCUGGCAGUCUCACUCGUUCCCUGUCCUGUUCUUCUCAACUAUGUCCUUGCUGUCUGUUUCGUCCUUCCUGGUGAUUCUCAAGUGAUCUGACCACAGAUACUGAUUUUUGCUGAAGAUAAUCUGUUCAACAAAUAACAACCAGAAGCCAAGGAGCUAUGAAAGGACUUGGGAGUGAGACCCCCAUUAAACUAAACAAUCCCAGACUACUACAGAAGAGAGCUUUGAGCUUCCAGAAAGAAUUCUCCUUUGACGAAAAAGACGACCCAGCCAAAAGCACCAAGGAUAUAGAUGUUAGUCUCUUGGCCAAUCUUCCCAAAGUCUCUGAAUUGAGGAAACGAUUUGAAGGAAUUACCACAAGUACAAGUGAUUGGGAAAUGAACAGAAAGGAACGUAUUGCUCGGCGGUUGGAGGGCAUAGAGGGUGAGGUGCAUCCAUCUCUGUUGCCUAGCUUGGUGGCCAACCGGCUCCUGGAGGAAGACACACCACGAUACACCAGAGCCUCAGACCCCUGUGAACCCUGUGGUGUUACAGUCCAGCGAUAUGGUACAGAGGGAUAUGAAAGCCCGGAAAUGCAGCUGACGGCUCCAGAGCGCCAGUCCAGAGCUAGAUGCAAACCAGAUCCUCAGUCCUCCAUCCACACAGAGUCUGUAUACAGUUCAGGCUCCACCACCAGUGGCCCAGAAUUGGAAUCUAAGGCAGAACGCAUCGCCCGCUACAAGGCGGAGCGGCGCAGACAGCUAGCCGAGCGCUACGGGAUCUCUUUAGAUCAGGAGGUGGACUUAGACUGUCCAUCCCGCUACACUCACACCCGGAAGGAGUCAGAAGGCUCAGAGAGGCAAAACAGGGGGGAGUUGGUGGGAGAGGAAGGGAGGGACCUGAGUUCUUACACCAGUACCUCUGCCAUUAGCCCAAGAGUGGGACGCACAGCACCACAGCAUGGCCAUCCUGACCCUGGUUAUGAGAUGGGUCGAAGCAGGGCGGACUCGUUCUCAGAGAGAGAGAGGCUGAUGAACCUGGAGAAUCAACGCAGAGCUGCUGUCCCUCCUGAGCCACCAUGCUCUUCCUCAUACAUGGAUGUGUCCUCAACUGCCAGGGUGCCUGCCAAGGACUAUUCAGUCACAGGGAUGCCACCCAGUUCACCCAAGCUGAGCAGGCACCCUUCUCUCUCUUCUCCCAAACAUGGGGUGUCUCCUGGGGACCUGUUUAUCGAGCAGCAGGCCCACAGCAUCCUCAGCAGGCAGGGAAUUAGAGUUAGAGAGAGACUUGCCCGGGAGAUGGGCCGCCAGAGGAGCCCAGAGGUUGGAAAAGUGACAGAAACCCCAAUGUACCGCAGACAAUUUCAACAACAGAACCAAACUUCAACACACUACCACACAGACCCACCCGGGCCCCAGCAGGCUUACCCCCGUCACCACUAUCACCCCCAGGCUCAGCUCACCCGAGCUGGGCCACCUGGAGGACAUGAAGUUAGCAGUUACCCCACUUACCUAUCCAUGGCUUCUGGUCCCACAUUCAAAGCCGGGCAGCAGCAACAACAGUCUCACGAGGAAGAUACUGAGGACUCGGAAGGCGUGAAGACAGAGGGUCUUCUCAGGAGUAGGAAAGCAGUGCUUCCCUCUGAAAUCCGCCGCAGGGAGAGGAGCACAGAGGACCCACGCAGAGGCAGGGCAGAAGAGGAGCAAGGGAUGUCCAGGAUACUGAGUCUCAGCCAGGCAAGGGAGACUGAGGUAGUGGAGCACGUAAGAGGAGGGCACAGAGGCAGACCCAGGCUGGACGAAACAGAGCACGCCUCCCAUCUGCAAGCGUCAGAGAGCAGACCCAGAGAGCAAGAAAAUGCCAUUUAUAUCCACAAGGGGGUGGCUGCCACCCACAUCCAGCCUAGAGCGGCACAUACAGGCCCAGGACACUCCACCUCCAGCACAGAUACAGGCGAUCCACGGGUGCCCAGUCAGAAGAGCCUGCAGCAACAGGCCCACGAAUCCCGAGAGGUCAGAGAGGGUGAGAGUUUCGGUAACCGAGAGAGUCAGCAGGACACACGGGUGUCCGUGGCCCAGCUCAGGCAUUCCUACAUGGAGAGCACCACCACCCCACCACCCAGCCGCAGGAAUGAGUUUGAGUUUGAGGGGGACAGGGCACCCUCAGGCUACGAGGCCCCAUGGAGAGGGGAGAGGGACAGGGGGCGCAGGCCCCGGCAGUAUAUCUGUCCUGGGGAGAGUAGAAAGACCUCAGAGAGGUUUAGGACGCAGCCCAUCACUUCUGCUGAGCGCCAGGGGAUGGAUAGGUCCUGUGUGAGCUCAGAUCUUGCUUCCACUGAAGCUGAUGAAGAGAAGCUAGAUGAACGGGCCAAGCUGAGCGUAGCAGCCAAGCGCUCUCUCUUCAGGGAACUGGAGAAGAGCAUUGAUGGUGGAGCCCCUAAAACACGGUCCAGGAAUGCAGCAGUGGACAGGAGACUAAGACGGACACAAGACAGAUCCAGAACUCAGCCAGUCACUACCGAGGAAGUAGUCAUUGCUGCCACUGCCCCAACUCAUGUGCCACAAACAGUGAGUGUUCACACUGCUGUAGCACGUGUCCCCAGCCCCACUCUCGUGUGGAGCACUGUCCCACCAUACAGCCUGCAGGCAUCGUCACAGCAGAGCGCGGCAGCUCGAGAGCAGGCGAGGGAGGCCCGGCCGGUGCAGGAUACCCAGAAGCAGGUGUCCACGAUGGAAGGAAAACACCAGAGCCAGGGUCAGGGCCAGGACCAGGGUCGGGGUCAGGAGGAGCCUGACCUCUGCACUCUCAGCCUGGCAGAAAAGAUGGCACUGUUCAACAGACUGGCUCAGCCUCCCACCAGGGUUACCCGCACCAGAGGGGACACACGCCAGCGCAGGGCCAAUGCUCGUUACCAAACACAACCAAUCACACUGGGAGACAUGGAGCAGCUUCAGAAUGGUACUGGAUCUCGGUUUGGACAGCUCCCUACUUCAUCAUCCUCUGCUCUGAGAGCAGGAGGCACUGUCUCCACUGACCACGCCGGAGACAUCCACCUAACCAGAGCAACAGCACAGGUCGAAGCCCUCCUUCCGUCCAACUCUGACUUGUCUCUGCCCACUCAUCACCCAGACGGCCUAACCUGGAGGUCCCAGGACUCCGUGGACCACCAGAGGUACCGAAUCGCUGCCCAGGAGGCUGAUGUUGCUGAUGUGGGCGGAGGGAAGCGGAAGCUGCCAUCUCCUGAGGGAGCGGUCAGGCAGGCCGCUCUGCCACAGCCCCAGACUGGAAGAGAGAGGAGGGGACAGGACGAGGAGGAGGAGGAGCAGCAGCAGCUGACCAGACAGGGGGGAGCUGUGCAGAGCUCGGAGAGCCACAUGCCCCUGGAGUGGCAGGAAGAAGGACAGUACCCAGACAGUCAGAAGAGCAGGGCCAUCAGUGGGGAGCUGCCAGAGUCCACUGCGGUAACAUCCAGAGCAGCAUCUGGUUUGCCCAGGAGUGCGUGUCAGCCUCCAGAGGCGGACACGCAUCCAGACGGCAGUGGACACGCGGGAGGCCUGGUCCAGCAUGAGCAAGGAGACGAGCUGAGCGAAAUCAUGACGGCCAGACAUAUGUCCAUCAAAGAGAGAGUGGCUUUGUUGAAGAAGAGCGGCGAGAAGGACUGGAGGAACAGGAUCAAUAAGAAGCAGGAUCUGGUGAAGGUUGCCGCAGGUGAACAGCAGGCUCAGCUCUGGGAGGUGGAGCAGAGCUUCCAGACGAAGGACAGUGAAGCACUGAUGAUGAUCGAUGAGUUUGCUGUGUCUGACCAGCUGUGGGAGCCAGUCUUUGCCUCUACUUUCUCUCCUCCUCCUGAGCCUCCUUUCCAUAUUUCUUUCCCUGAUGGUUCAGCCAGCCAGGCCACCAGAUCUCCCAGACCUAUGCAGGUGGAUGAGAGACACCCCUGGAGACGGAAGAGAAUAGCUGAGGCUGAGAUGGAGUGCCAGAGCAUUGAGGCUCACAUGUCCAUCCAGGAGAGGAAACAGCUGAUUGUAGCCCAAGAGGAGGCCUGGAAGACCAAAGGCCAUGGAGCUGCCAACGACUCCACCCAGUUCACUGUGGCUGCACGCAUGGUGAAGAAAGGGCUGGCAUCGCCCUCAGCGAUCCAAUCUCCAGUGUCAUCCAAACCCAAGAACAGCAGCCCUGCCAUCUCCAAACCACUGGAAGAGAUCAAGGCUGUACCAGAUCUGAACCUGGAGUCAGACAUGAAGCUGGAUAAACUGGAGUCUUUUCUCGGCAAGCUCAACAGUAAAGUGUCUAGACUGCCGGAAGCGACCAUCACAGUCACAGAGAAGAAGGUGAAGGAAGUAAUGACCCUCGAAGAUGAAACUUUUUCCAAGUUCUACCGCCAAGUGGAGGAGCUCCCCACCAACACCAACAAGGUGGAGAUAGACGAAGAUUUUGAUGCCAUCUUCGGCCCCCAGGUGCCAAAACUGACCUCAGAGAUGGUGCAGCAUAAGCGAGCAGUGCGUCCGGCACGUAACGUCCAGGCAUCUAGGAACCCUCUGAAGUCACUGGCUGCCAGAGAGGACAUCAGACACGAGUACACAGAGCAGAGGCUCAACAUCGGCCUGCUGGAGAGCAAGAGGAUGAAGGCUGAGAAGAUGAAUAAGAACUCUGGUUUCUCUGAUGUGGCUCUGGCUGGUCUGGCCAGCAAGGAGAACUUCGGCAACGUCAACCUGCGCAGCGUCAACAUCUCCGAUCAGAUGUCCAAUAACAGCGCUGUGCCUUACAAGAAACUCAUGCUCUUACAGGUCAAAGGCCGGCGGCACGUCCAGACCAGGCUGGUGGAACCUAGAGCGUCCUCGCUGAACAGUGGCGAUUGUUUCCUACUCAUCACGCCACACCACUGCUUUGUCUGGAUUGGAGAGUUCGCCAACGUCAUUGAGAAGAACAAGGCUUCAGAGUUGGCAAACUUCAUCCAGGGCAAGAGAGAUUUGGGUUGCCGUGCUAAAUACGUCCAAGUCAUCGAGGAGGGUGUGAGCACGCAUAGCCAUGCCAAGGAUUUCUGGAAGAUUCUGGGAGGCCAAUCAAGUUUUCAGUCCGCAGGGACACCAGAUGAAGAUGAGCUGUACGAGGGUGCCAUCGUGGAGACAAACUGUAUUUACCGCCUAAUGGAUGACAAACUGGUUCCAGAUGAUGAUUUUUGGGCUAAGAUGCCUCGUUGCUCCCUGCUCAACCCAAAGGAGGUUUUGGUGUUUGACUUUGGCAGCGAGAUGUACAUAUGGCAUGGAAAGGAAGUGACGCUGGCACAGAGGAAGGUGGCCUUCCAGCUGGCCAAGCACCUGUGGAACGGCACUUUCGACUACACAAACUGUGACAUCAAUCCGCUCGACCCUGGAGAAUGCAACCCACUCAUACCCAAGAAAGGUCAGGGCCGACCUGACUGGGCCGUGUUCGGCAGACUGACCCAACACAAUGAAACCACCCUGUUCAAAGAGAAGUUCCUUGACUGGAGUGACUCUAGGAAAACACCCAGUCCCACAAAAAACACCAACGACCACAUCACUGACCAAAAGGAUCAGUCCACUUCUGAUCAGCCCCAUGCGUACGACGCCUCCCUCAUGCUGCAUGUCCUCCAAGGGCCUGUCUGCACCAGACUGGACGGCUUCAAUGUGGGGCGAGGCUACGGCCUGGUGGAGGCAGAGGAGUGGCGGAGCUAUGAGAUCAGCACGCUGGCGGUGGAGGUGUGGCACAUCCUGGAGUUCGACUACAGCCGCCUGCCGCGCCAGAGCAUCGGCCAGUUUCACGAGGGCGACACAUACGUGAUGAAGUGGAAGUACAUGGUCAGCACCGCAGUGGGGAGGAGACAGAACCCAGAGCAGCUAAAGACAGCGGGGGCUGGGAAGGAGAAAUGCUGCUACUUCUUCUGGCAGGGCCGCAAUGCCACCGUCAGCGAGAAGGGAACAUCAGCCCUGAUGACGGUGGAGCUGGACGAGGAGCGAGGAGCACAGGUUCAGGUCCAGCAGGGGAAGGAGCCGCCAUGUUUCCUGCAGUGCUUCAAAGGAGGGAUGGUGGUCCACUCAGGGAAGAGAGAAGAGGAGGAGGAAAACUCACAGAAUGAUUGGCGUCUGUACUGUGUACGGGGAGAAGUGGAGGUGGAGGGACACCUGCUGGAGGUGGCCUGUCACUGCAGCAGCCUGCGCUCCAGGGUCUCGAUGGUGCUGCUGAGCGUCAGCCAGGCCCUCAUCUACUUGUGGCAUGGCUGCAAGUCUCAGGCACACACACGGGAGGUGGCUCGUACCGCCGCCAACAAAAUAAAAGAGCACUGUCCUCUGGAAACAGGCCUCCACAGCAGCAGUAAAAUGACCAUCCGCGAAUGUGAUGAGGGAGCAGAGCCCGCAGGAUUCUGGGAAUCCCUCGGCAGGAGGGACAGGAAAGCGUACGACUGCAUGCUGCAAGACCCAGGAAGGUUUAACUUCACACCACGUCUGUACCAGCUGAGCAGCAGCUCAGGGGAUUUUACCGCCGUGGAGUUUCUCUACCCUGCCAGAGACCCCACGAAGGUCAACUCGAUGCCUUUCCUGCAGGAGGACCUUUAUGCAGCUUCCCAGCCAGCCCUUUUCCUGGUGGACAACCACCAUGAGGUGUAUCUGUGGCAGGGCUGGUGGCCUCAGGACAGCGAAAGCACCGGCUCAGCCCGAAUCCGCUGGGAUUCAGACAGGAAGUGUGCCAUGGAGACAGUGCUGCAGUACUGUAAAGAAAAGAAUGAGAAGAAGCCUCCCAAAGCGUACCUGAUCCACGCUGGUCUGGAGCCCCUCACCUUCACCAACAUGUUCCCCAGCUGGGAGCACAGAGAGGACAUCGCUGAGAUCACUGAGAGGGAGGCAGAGGUGUGCAACCAGAUUAUCCUAGUAGAGGACGUGUUGGCCAGGCUGUGUAAGACCACGUACCCCCUGGCAGAUCUCCUGGCCCGGCCGCUGCCUGAGGGCGUUGACCCUCUUCGUCUGGAGGUCUACCUGUCUGAUGAGGACUUUGAAGGUGUAGGUGCUUAUGGGAAGAAAGCCUUGGAGAUGACCAGAGAGGACUACGGAGGUUUGCCUGGCUGGAAGCAGGUGAACUUGAAGAAAGCCAAAGGACUUUUCUGAAAGUUGGAAACAGAGAGCAGAGCUGAUGGAAGAAGCCACCAGCAGGUUGUUUUGUCUCCUCCUUUGUUUACGUCUGGACACAAUGGAGGCUCAGGGGCUGCUUCUCCUGUAAUGGAGGCUUGAGGACGGAUGAGGGGAGUAAUGAAGGUGUGGAGCGGGGGGAGUGUUGCAGCUUCUCGUGCUGCAGACUUGAUUCCUAUCUGUUGUGGUUGCUUGUUUAAGAUAGACUGAUGCACAUCUUAGUGUUAAUAGUUCUGUAAAGUCACACUCUGUGAAUGUUUGUACAUUUGUACCAUAUACAGGACAGCCAGUGCUGUAACCCAUGCAGCCACGUGUUCGAGUGGGGCAGGUCUGUCAGCCUGUUGAGCACACUCCACAUCAGACUAUUCUUACAUGUAUGCUUGUGCAUUACAAAUAAAUUAUAUUUAUAUCAAAUACAUAUAUGAAUUUAAAAAGAAAGGAACAUUCACUGAAUUAAAAUGAUGGAACGAACUGUAUCUUGAAUGCUGAGGAGAUUUUCUUCCUAUGUUAAUAAAUAUCCUAGAAAUUCCCUCCACCUGUACAGUUCACCGUUUGCCAUUUACAAAUCAAACGAUGCAGCUUUAUUUGGAUGCAUCUAGCAUCAUUAUUGUUUCAGUCAGAAGAAAGGGCACAGGCUAGAUUAAAGGAAGAGUGAUGACGAAAUGUAUUUGAUUUCUAAAUCCUACAGUGUAUAGUGCCUUGCUUUGUGUACAGUUUAUAUACAGAUCCUAGUCUGCAUUUUGAAGACUUUUUGUGAUAUACAGAAAUAUUAGAGAAAUAAAACGUGAAAGUUAGAUAUCAAAA